CAGCUGUUGACAUUCAAAAAAUUAUUUUAAUAAGAUAAGAAAAUGAGAUAUAUAACGUUAGCAACUUGUACUCUCAAUCAAUGGGCUAUGGAUUUUCAAGGCAACAUGGAAAGAAUAAUUAAAAGCAUUGAAAUUGCUAAACAAAAAGGAGCAUUUUAUAGGCUAGGACCUGAAUUAGAAAUACCGGGUUAUGGUUGUCAAGAUCAUUAUUAUGAGAUAGACACAUUUUUGCACUCAUGGCAAGUUUUUGCACUGCUGAUGAAUAAUCCUAUUACUCAGGACAUUAUCUGUGAUGUUGGAAUGCCAGUUAUGCACAAGAAUGUUGGCUUCAAUUGUCGAAUCAUCUUUUAUAACAAGAAAAUCUUAUUAAUAAGGCCCAAAAUUCACAUGUGUAACGAUGGAAAUUACAGGGAGUCUAGAUGGUUUGCCCCAUGGAACUCCUUGAAAACCGUCGAAAAUUAUUUUCUUCCAGAAGUUAUAUCAGAAAUAAUUGGCCAAAAGUCAACUUAUAUAGGUGAUGGAGUUCUUACAACUUUAGAUGCCUGUUUUGGUUCAGAAAUUUGCGAAGAAUUAUGGACAUCAGAUAGCCCUAAUGUCGAUAUGUCUUUGGAUGGUGUAGAAAUCGUAACUAAUUCUAGUGGUAGCUUGUUUGAACUUAGAAAAGCGCAUGUUAUAGUUAAUCUAAUCAAAAAUGUCACUUUCAAGAAUGGCGGCAUUUAUAUGUAUUCCAACGCGAGAGGUUGUGAUGGGGAUAGACUGUAUUAUAAUGGCUGUUCUUGCAUUGCCAUGAAUGGCUCCAUCUUAGUCCAAGGAGAUCAAUUUUCCCUCGAGGACGUGGAAGUUUUAACAGCUACCGUUGAUUUGGAUGAUAUAUCGGCCUAUAGAAACUCCCUUAGGAGUAGAUCCGCCCAAAUUUCCACUUCCAAACCCUUCCCAAGAUGUAAUGCCUUAGACUUUUACGCCACUUACCCUUCUACCAAUACACGGUCUCCCAACCUUAAUCACUGCACUUUAUCUUCUAAAGAUGAUGGUGUUUGUAUUCCGCGGCUCACUACGCCCAUAGGAGAAUGGAAAUAUUUUACUCCGGAAGAGGAGAUUAGCAAAGCUCCAGCCUUAUGGCUAUGGGAUUACUUGAGAAGAUCGGGACAAUCUGGUUUCUUCUUGCCACUCAGUGGUGGCUUGGAUAGCUCGAGCGUGGCUUGCAUAGUAUACAGUAUGUGUAGGAUGGUAUGCGAAGCUCUGUCCAAAAAAGAUAACGCCGAUAUCUCAAAUGAACUCAAACGUAUCUUAAACAUACCUCCUAAACAAGCGUUUCCUCCUUCUAAUCUCAAAAUUACUCCGGAAUGGCUGUGUGAACAACUCUUGGUGACUUGCUAUAUUUCUUCCAUUAACAGCUCUAUCCAAACUAAAACCAGAGCCUCUGACCUGGCCUUUCAAAUAGGCAGUCAUCAUUUGGGAGGCUGCAAAUCUUGUAAUUUUAGCCCGACCAAUAUUAUCUCGGUCUCCAUAGAUACAGCCGUCAAAUGCAUAGUGGACACAUUCGUCAAGGUUUCCGGUGUUAGCCGAACUCCGCGGUUUAGAUCUCAAAGCUCCUCAUUUAAGCCCUUUUUUUUCACCAAACCUACCCCAGAGGCUAGCAAAACGAAAGAUACCAUAGAUGACGAUGUUGUCGACGGGAGGGAGGAUAUAGCUUUGCAAAAUGUUCAAGCACGGAUGAGAAUGGUUCUUAGCUAUUUUUUCGCCCAAUUAAUCAGAUGGGCCCAACACAAACCAGGUUCUUUGCUAGUGCUAGGCUCCUCCAACGUAGAUGAAUGUUUGAGAGGAUAUAUGACAAAGUACGAUUGUUCCAGCGCUGAUAUAAAUCCCAUUGGGGGCAUAAGCAAAUUAGACCUAAAACUGUUCCUCCAAUAUUGUCAUAAGACUUUCAAUCUUACCUCUUUAGCCGAAAUACUGAAAGCUAAGCCCACGGCUGAGUUGUGCCCUUUAGAUUCCGAAGGUACGGUAGUUCAAAGCGACGAGGAAGAGAUGGGUAUGACUUACGAAGAGCUCAGUGUUUAUGGUAAACUUAGGAAACAAAAAGUUUGCGGCCCUUAUAGCAUGUUUGUAAAACUUCUCCAGACAUGGGGUACUCUUUACCCACCUAAACAAAUUGCCCAAAAAGUGAAAUAUUUUUUCGUUUACUAUUCCAUAAAUCGCCACAAAAUGACCGUUUUAACGCCCUCUUUUUACGCCGAAUCGUAUUCGCCGGAUGACAAUAGAUUCGAUCAAAGGCAGUUCCUCUACAAUAUCAAAUGGACUUGGCAGUUUAGGUGCAUAGAUAAAAUGGUAGAAGAAAUGGAAUCUCAAGUGGGAACUAAAGAUAACAAUAGCCAUCAAUCUUUAUCGAAAAUGUCAAACUUUGCUGAUAUAAUUCCAAAUUUAAACCACACCAGUUCUUUUAAAGACACUCUCACUUUGGGUGAGCUCGAUGGAGAUAGGGAGGAGAGUGAAAAUAGUUCUAGGAAAGGCGCAGUAAAACCAUCAAGGAAGACUAAAAAAUUACAUUAAUUUAAUUUGCAAAUUUGUAAUAUUCAGGGAAAUUUUUUAUUUACAUAAUUUACAAUUAGAAAAAAAAUCGUAAGCAUUUAUCAAGGCCGCGUAUUUAUGUUAUAGAGAAUAGGAUACUUUUGUAAAAUUCUAAAGUGUCAUCAAAUCUAUAUUUGAAUAUUUUA